UGGUGGAAAGGGGCAGGCAUAGGGCCCAGACCCAAAGCAGGGUGCCUUGGGAGGACAGUGUGGAAGUGACGGCCAGGCCUCUGGCUCUGCGGCCCAACUGCUUCCACCCAGUACCACGUCUUCUAUGGUGGGAACCUGGCUGGACCCAAUGCAGGAUUUCUGGGAGCCCACGCCCUUUCCCUCUUUCAGGAUGCGGCUGGCCUCACCGCGUGUCAUCUGGCCUGGGUCGCACCUGGGAGGCCCUGCCUACCUUCCCCAGGUCCAGCUGCAACAUCUGGGGCCCAGGAGGGCAGAGCUGGAAGCGCCAGUUCCAGAGCUCCUGCCGGCUCUAGAGCCAGAGCAAGGGCCAGCUCCGGGGCCAGAGGCAGCUCCAGCUGUAGUUCCACCGUCCGCGCCGGAGCUGGAGGCAGCCUCACCACCGGCAGCCUCACCUCCAGCAGCCUCACCUCCAUCGGCCUCUCCAGGGCCGGAGCGAGGGCCAUCAGCUUCAGCCCCAGUGCCAGCUUCUGAGCUGGAGCAAGAUGCGCCAUUGACUUUUGGACGAACUCUGCCUCCAGCUGCCGAAGUCACCGCAGAAGUGAGCGCCGAGCUGAGAGAGGAGAGGCCUAAGCUGCUGGACUUCCCUCCGAAGCUGGUGGCCGAGCAGCUGACGCGGAUGGAUGCGGAGCUGUUCAAGAAGGUGGAGCCCCGCCACUGCCUGGGUUUUGUGUGGUGCCAGCGGCCCAAUGGGAGCAAGGAGUACCUGGCUCCCACCGUUGGGGCCACUAUCAACCAGUUUCUUCACGUGUCCGGCUGUGUCAUCACGACGUGCCUUGGGGAUCUCAGCAUGACGGCCCAGGCCAGGGCCAGAGUCGUCGAGCUGUGGAUUCAGGUGGCCAAGGUAAGUAGUGGCAGGGCCCAGGGAGCCCCUCCCUGGAGUCAGGGGGACUGCCCCUUCUCCUCUCGCAGCUUUCAGCCUUGAAGUCGGUGGCCUGGGCCUCGGCAAAGUCCUAGGCCCCUUGCUGCCAAGGGCCUGCUGACCUUGAGUGCUGGUCCCAGUGGUGGGAAGCUCCCUUCCCGCCCUGGGUUGAGCUAAAAUCUUCCUGCCCGCGAGCGUUACUCAUCAGCUCCCAGGUGUGCCCUCCCUCGCUUCCCUGGGCAUCUGCCUCAUCCAGGACAGCAGAAGCCCAUGAGGGGACAGAAGCCAGAGGAAGCAGGGCUCCAGCCCGCCGUCGCAGCUCAUUCCCUUCCCUUCCUCAGGAGUGCCGAGUCCUUGGAAAUUAUGCGUCCCUGAGUGCCAUCGUGUCUGCUCUGCAGAGCCCCUCCAUCAGCCGUCUGCAAAAGACAUGGGGACGAGUUGCCAGGUGGGUAGGCCGUGCUCCAUCCAAGCACCACCAGGGCGGACCAGACAUCCCCCGUACGACUGCCAUGGACCCCUCAUUCAGCUAGGACCAUCUGGGAGGCAGCGGACCCUAGGGAUGGGGACUGGCCUCCUUUCUCGGGUCUCUGAGACUCUCUGAGACCCUAGGCAGUGGUUCUGCUUCAGGAGUCAGGUUCCCCCCUUGGCACAUCCUGGACUGAGCCACACCGGAGAUUUCCAAGGGUGUACUUCGCAGCAACGGAGCCCUCAUCGGCAACCAACACUGUUAGAAACAAUGUGCUCAGUCGGAGUGGGAAUGGAGGCCCCAGGUGACCACAGGAGAGCCUCCACCCGAGUCCCACGGUGACCUCAGAGCUCCGAAGAACCCAGGGAAAACCCUCGUCCAGGCCCCAGGCCCUUUGAACCUUCCGGGUUCUCAACAAAAGGCAUUUCGCCUUCAACCGCCCCGGGUUUUCUUUCCUUCUUUCCUCUCCCCUCAGGAAGAGCUCUCGAAAAUUGAAGAGGUUCAUCAAAGACCAGUGGGUGAGCAGGAGGCAGCUGGUGAAGGUAAGACGGAGGCUGCGCAUCUGGAAGGAGGGGGAGCGAGAGGGGAGGGGACCCGGCAGGAUGAGCUUUGGUUCUCCUGUCACGUGAAGUUGGUCAGGAAAAGAUGGACAGGAAGAGGGAUGUGCUAGCUCCAUGGGCAGGUGGGGGCAGUUUGGGACAGGAGGCCAGGGGCAUGGGAUAGAAUGGUGCGGGCUGGACUGUUCCAGGAGGCUGAGGACCUGGCAGAAGGUGCCGGUGUCUGGCUUCCAUGCUGCUCCAUCAGCUGCCCUUCAUCUUCCUCCUGGCCACUGGCUGGAGCGAGUGGGCAGGCUUCCUCUCUUCCGAAGGCAGCCCAGUCUGUGCUCAGGAAGCCAGGGCCCCACUGCUCCUUCUGUCUUCACUGUGCCUCGCAAGAAGGGCACCCUGCCUGCCUGAGGGAUGGGCACUGCCGGAUCCCACGGGCCGGGGGCACUCAGGGGCUUCCCAGCCUUGGGACGGACACUGGACCUGGGACAGAUCUGUGUCCCCUCUGUGACUCCCCACUCUGGCCCCUAAAGUGGGCGCUGCAGACAGUCCCAGUGGGAUGCUCACCCAGGUCCUUGUUGGCGAUGACAUGUGCCCCGGAGGGCAAGGGCAAGUGCCCAGGGAACUGACGGCUUCUUCAGGGAUCCUUCCUGCCCAGACGUCAGAAGUUUCCUCGUAAAACAGAAAGCAAAUGCCACCCCGCAGUGCCCUGGUCGCCCCCUCCCCUGCGAGUCAGACGUGGCAUUCGGGGUCCCCAUCCUGAGCGGAUGAAGAAAGAAUUCUGUGCGGGGGAACUCCCUGAGGGGAUCCUAGGGAGCUGAGGGCUUUAGCAAGGCCUUGGCCUCGGCCUGGGAUCAGAGACUCCUGGGGGUUGGGGCUGGCAGAAGCCACUUGACCAGGCCUCCUGAGACACCUCAUCUCCCUCCAUCCAUGGCUCGGCCCAGCUGGGGGCCCGAACACAGCCUGAGACUCCCGAGGACAGCACUGUGGUCAGCGGCUGGGCAGAGGGUGGUGUGAAGGCAGAGGAGACAGGGCCUGUGGCUGGGAGGGGGAGCAGCCUCUCCUCUGGGGCCCCCUGAGCAAGUCCCUGCCCCUCUGUGGGCCUUGGUCUCCUCAUCUGGGAGCCAGAGGGAGAUGAGCCGCGGCGCAGGCCUCACAGUGGGUGACGAGGUUCAAGGGUGGGGAGGAAUGUGGGGAGCUUGGACCUGGCUCCAAAGGCAGGCUUGAGCGGAGAGCAGUGAUGACGGUCAGAUGACGCUUGGGCCUCAGGAGACUGUGGGAGGCAGACAGAGUUCCUCAAACUUUCCGGACGAGGUAACAGGUUCAGGGAGGCCUGGGCGGGCCCAAGGUCACACAGGAGUGAGUGUUGGAGUUGGGAUGGCUCUGGAAUCAGAGCACCCUGGAGGUGGGAGCCGCAGGGGCACCAGGUGACUGGGGCCACAUGUCCAGGGUCCCCGAUCUGGGAGGGGUCUGGGAGGACUCUUGGAGGGCAGCAUCGGCUCACUGGCCCUGUCAACACCCUGGCAGGAGGCGACCUCUAUGUUGACCAGCCUGGAGACGGGCCCCAUAGGUGCCCAGAAGGUAAGGGUGCCUGUGGAGGAGGGGCCCAGGAGUCGCAGGAGAGGGGACUCCCCUUCCUAUCCGGAGGUCUCUACCAGCAGAGAGGGAGCCUUUCUCCUCCAGCCCUGCUCCUGGUGCCACAGACCUGAAAUGCCUGCAUUGGAAGUGACCAGGAGGAGGCCUGGAACGGAUGGGCGCACAACGGAUUUGGGACAGGGAGGGGUGGGAACCAUGUACCCUGGGUUUUGCCAGAGCCGGCUGCUGGGAGGUGCCUGGAGGAGUUUGGGGUUCCUGGAGGAGAGAAGAGGAGGAAACUGGGGGGAGGCCGCCUAGGUGGGUAGCUUGGGCUGGGCAGGAGGCUGGGGUGAGGAGUGGAGGAGAGGUCUUUGACGGCUCCUGAGAGCGGGAUCUCAUCACCAUCUCCACCCCGCUGGCACAGGGGCUCGUCCCCUUCCUUGGCACAUUCCUCAAUUACCUGCUGCUGCUGGACACCAACAUGGAGGAUUACCUGGAGGUGAGUGAGCCUGGAGGUGGGGCUGGGGAUCAGGAUUCGGAGAUUUGGGAGGAGAGACUUGCACUGAGGCCUGAGCUCGCAACCCUUGGCAAAGUCCUCUCGUGAGGGCCUCACAGCCACCCCGGGAGCUGGGUGUCAUGCCCAUCUCAGUGAUGAGUGAAUAUAGGAUCCAGGUGAGCCGCCAGUCCAGGCUGCCUGACUGCGGAGCUGCUGGAGGGUGUGUCUGAGCUGGACUCAGCCUCUCCCUCAGGCCCCGCCCCUGCAGGGAGUGAAGCCAGGCCCCUCCAAGGCAGGAAGCACACGAGUGGCUGAGCAUCCCUUGCUGCCCAAGGCCUCAGUCUGUCUGUCUGUCAGAGAGGGCUGUCUUAGAAUGUCCCUGAGCCAUAGCCCCGUGGCCUCCUUGCUCUGGAGCUCAGAGUCUUGCCCGGGACCCAUUCCCGUUUCUGGUAGCGCCUGCUCCCUGGUCGACCCUGCUGGUAGUGCAACCUGAGACAGGGUGGAGAUGGGAGCUAGCUAUG